AUGGCAAGAUCUGACAGGCAGCUGACAUUGCAGGCUGUGGCUCUGCACCAGCGGAUCUCGCCCGAUCGCUGGUGCGUAACCUUCUCGGACCUUAAGUACCUUAGACGGGAAGUUCGACGAGCGAUUGCUACAGGGGAGAUCAAACCGCCCGACGAUGGGACGGACAACUUUCUCGAUGCUGAUGGCCACUACGGCCCCAGCAUCUACACCGUGACCGAGCAGCACCUCAAGCCGGUCACAGAUCUUGCCGGUAAGAUGAGCUGGGCCCUAAUGAGAAACCCAGAGGGCCUGAAUUGCGAUGUCUUCAUCAGCCAUGCGUGGCAGGAGGGAAUCUUCGAAUUCUUGUCCAAAGUCAUGCACUCCUGGCCGCACAAUGCGCGACACGCUUGGUGCUGCAUGCUUGCGAACCCGCAGCAUCUCGACAUAACGGGCCUGCUUCAGUCCCCUCAGCACUCUCCUUUCGCGAUCGCUUUGCAAGCUUCACAAACCGUGCUGGUGGUGCCGAACCGGCAUUGCUCCAUUUACACUAGGCUCUGGUGUUGCUACGAAGCUUACCUUGCACAGGAACAGGGUAAAGUGAUCUUGAUUGCCAGGGCAUCAAACUGGAAAGAGAUCUGGCAGGCUAUGACGUACAUGUCCCUUGCUGCCAUUGUUGGUACACUCCCCGCAUGGUUACUGGACUUCAAGGAGUGGACUGAUCACGUGAACUUGAGUCUGAUUUGCGUGGUAGUCGCGACAGGUGUCUGCAGCAUGGCCACAGCGAGGAACAUGUUGCGCCUAGCUUUGAACCUAUUUGGCGGCACCAUGUCCUGUUUCUUGCUUGUUCAUUGGCAGGGAAGACUGGGCGUCUAUUCAAAGCAGGCGCAUCCUGCACGUCGCAGCAUCGAUUAUUUUCUCGGGCACUGCUGGAUCGCAGCGCUGGCAAUGACUUUCUGCUUCCUGGAGCUGGACCGCAUCCACAGCAGUAAUGCUAGGGUCGAGGCGAAGCAGCUUGGACGAGGAUACUCGGGUUCUGUCGUGGAUGCAGUUUGCUCUUGUCCGGACGACGACUUGCGAAUCCAUAGAGAGAUAGGAGGCGAGGUUGAGGCCGUGGACUACGCCAUCGAGGUGCUUCUAUCUGCUGGAAUGUCUACACCCACUCUGCGUGAGGUUGCACAGAAGGGUGUCAGCAUCAGCCAGGCGGCCAAUCCACAGAUUGCUUUGACCGUUCUGCUUCUCGGGGUGGGCACCACUUUCACCCUCAUUGUUUUGCUGCUCGAGAUGAUGAAAGCCGGCAAAGAAGCUGAGCAGGCAUCUUUUUGGUUGACGAUGCCAUCGGAAGUAUUAACACUCGCGGUGCGCACGUUGAUCAUCCUCUACAUUUGGCUUCAGCCAAGAGAUGAGCGCUGCUUCAUACUUUAUGUUGUCCAGAAAACUACCGGGGUCUAUCUGCUGCUGGUUGCUGCACAUCUGGCAUUCACGCGUUCGACUACGGACUUGUUUUUUCUUGUCCCCCUGCUGCUUUCUGCGAUCAUGCUCACCUUCACCAUGCUCGGGCUUAGACGAACUGCCAGACUUCCGUUUGGAUGCUUCGUCGUGCAGAUUUUUUUUGCUCGAGGCUUCUACGCUCAUCUCAUGGCUGUGCGGCUCUGCAGCUUAGGCCAACACAGGUGUCCCAGCAGCUCUUUCUUGAAGCCGGCAUGCUCCUCUGAGUCCGACUCAGAAGCAGAUGCAGAGUAG